AUGAGAUCGACAAACAGCCGAAAGGGACAAACGUCCAUCACUCAUCUGAUGAAUUUCUCCCUCCCCCCUCGCCCUCAGUAUCAGCCCACGCCACGGAAUUUUCGUCGAUAUGCGUCAUGGGGGUUGGGGUCCGGACACCAUGCCAUAGACAAAGCUCGUUACGUCCAUGCAAACUAUCGGUUUAUCGUGACGUCAACCCGAGCCUACCAUGCACAAGCAGCCAAUGCUGAUGUCCACCUAGACUGGGAUUCUGUACUUCAGGUUUUGGUCUCGGCUCAGACUCAGUCUGCCAGCUGUCCAAUCUGCUUAUCUACUCCAGUAGCGCCUCGAAUGGCUCGUUGCGGCCAUAUAUUUUGCCUUCCUUGCCUUAUCAGAUAUAUGCACUCAUCCGAUGAAGACAGUCUGCUACCUGAGAAGAAGCCACGAUGGAAAAAAUGCCCCAUCUGUUGGGACACGAUAUAUAUCACAGAAACACGCCCCGUACGAUGGUUUAGUGGUCAAGAAGGUGACCUGCCUUUUGAGGGUGGUGACGUUGUUUUGAGGCUCGUGAAAAGAGAACCAAGGAGCACUUUGGCACUGCCCCGUGAUGGUGCUGAAAGUAUUGGACCGGAUGAGGAUAUCCCAUGGUACCAUGCCGCUGAGGUUGCUGAUUAUGCUCGCAUUAUGAAAGCAGGUGAAGACUACAUGGUCGGCCAAUAUGACAGUGAAAUAGAGGACCUCCGCCGCCAAGAAGCAGAGGACGAGGUCCUGUUUGGUGACGAGACAACAUGGACUCAAAAAGCGAUUGCAGCCAUCAAUGACGCUAAAUCAAAGGUGAAGGGAAUCAGUAACCCGCCAAACAUCUCGCAGCAGCCUACAGCGAUCAACAUACCAAAGGGACCGAUUCUCACUCAGCCGCAGCACGAUCUUAAAUCUGAACAGGUCAUCUCUGCUGAGGCGAUACAACCAGACACCCGCCCAGAUGUGGCAACUUCAGUGUCAGGCAUACAUAGUGAAACAUAUCGUGUGGCGGAGGCAUUAAAUCGCGUUAAAAUUGACGCUGUACCUGUGGCGAAAGCCAAACAGAGAGAUCCUGGUACUGGCCGGGUCUCAGUGUCGUCUGAGCAGACCCGGGAAACAAAUGGCCCUCAUCCGUCUGAUCACCCAUUCUACUUUUAUCAAGCGCUACCCCAUUUCUACCUCUCGCCUCUUGACAUCCGCAUUUUAAAGACUGCAUUUGGCGAUUAUUCAUCAUUCCCCGCGACCAUCCUUCCUCGCGUUGAACACAUAUCUACUGGUCAUAUUGUUGACGAUGAGCUCAGAAAGCGGGUCAAAUAUCUCGGACAUCUCCCACAAGGGUGUGAAGUAAGCUUUCUCGAAUGUGACUGGCGAGAUGUGGUUGGGCCAGAGAUCUUAGAGCGCUUUGCUGCUGAAACGGCAAGGAGAAGAAAGAGAAAUAGGGAGAAAGAGGCUCGCGAAGAAAAAGACCGGGUUCGGGCUGAGAAGGAGGAUGAGAAACAUUGGGCUGCAGUUCGUCGCAAUAGGAGGUCAAGCAUUGGUGUUACUGAUCCUCUGUUCUUUGAUCAUGAUUUUCAACCGCUAACGAGCGGUGCUUCCGGCUCCGGCCCCUCAAAUUUUGGUUCUUCUACAUCGCAUCCCGAGUCCUCACAUCCUGGGGCUGCCAAUUUAUUAUCAGGUAGCCCUCCAGGCACUCGCACCGUAUGGGGCACAGCCGCCGUCCCAACGCUCGCCCAGCAAGCGGAUUUACCUCUAGAGGCUACAUCUCAGGAUGGUUGGCUUGAGGGAUGGGAGGAGGAGUUAUUGGCCCAACAGGAGCACGAAUUACUGGCUCAAGCCUCUACGAAUGAAAACAACCCUUCCUCUUCCAGCGGCGGAAAGAAGAAAAAGAACAAAAAGAUCACACUCAUGUCGACUAACAUUCAGAGAGGCGCCUGA